AUGGAAUCUCCAAAGCUACAGUCUCCAUUGUCCGGCUCGCUCACCACCCUUUCCCAGUCAUCCAGGUCGAGGGGCAGCGGCCGACUGGCACGCAUAGACGAUAUCCAUGGCCAGAGCCUCACCUCGUUCAACCCGUUUUCAGAUGAAGAUGAACACGACCAAUCCCCCAACAAUCUAGUCUCAUCCUUUCUCUCCAUGAUGAAAGGCAUAUCCGGCCCCCUCUCGUCCGCCGUGGGAGCGUCGUCAACGACCUCAAAGACAACUCCGGCGACUGUCCCUCCGCCGAACCAGUCAGGGGCUCAAGAACCACGCCGCCCAUCUCUAUCCACUAUCCCAUCGUCUCCCUCAUUGACUGCGAAGAGGAAUCCCGAUAGACCCCAGUCUCUAUUUACUGCACCCAGCUCAGUGGCCCCACCCUUGGUUUCGCUGACGCCUGCUCAGUCCGAAGUCACUGCAUUCGCAUUGGAUUAUGACCAACAGCCACAACGGCAAGGGAGACCGUAUUCCCCGUUCGAAACUCAGGAAGGGAUGUCGUUUGGGACAUCGAUUCCAGGGUUCCCUAUUCCCGAUGACACGCGCAGUAUCAAGACAGCUACAACCCUUCAUCGGUCCCAGUCCGUAUCCAAAGUCAUGAGGAGGAUUCGAGGAGAAGGCCUUUCCCGGGAUUACUGGAUGGAUGAUGAAAACGCCAAGGAGUGCUAUGACUGCAAAAGCGUGUUCACAACCUGGAGGAGGAAGCAUCAUUGUCGAAUUUGCGGUCAGAUAUUCUGUUCUCGCUGUGCCUCCAAUGGCAUCAAGGGAGGGAGGUUUGGACUCAACGGCAUGAUUCGUGUGUGUAACCUAUGUCGAGAGAAGCUAGCCACAGUCGACGAGGAUGAUGAUGACGAUAGGAGAUCGGUCGUUUCUUCCGUCUCAUUUCCUGCCCACCAAUUUGGGCAAUUUACACCCGAUGGCUUCCCUCUGGGACGUCACCCACAGCCACCUUUCGCACCUGCACCGAUACCAUUCGGGCGAGUUGACGAACAUUUCAAUUUAUUCUCCAUCUCUGAAACCAAACGCUCCCUCCACAGCUAUUAUGGCUCUGAUGAUGGUAUAUCAAGGUUGAUCCUCUCAGAUGGAAACGACGGUCAGUGGACCGACAACCCAGCGCCCUUCCGUCGCCCCAUGUCUGAUGAGGGGGAUGAACUUGACGGCCUGGGCAAUGCUUUCCUCCAGGAAGACUUCCCGGCGGGUAUGACCCCUGAUGCAGGUGUCGAGUUCCCCUCAAGGGGACUCAGCGUCGACGUCAGCUCAAUACAAUUCCCACUGGGCUCCCCGGAAAACGACAGUCCUCGCCCUGAAAGCCGUCUAAGGAACCCUCUCUAUGGGGACUAUGAGGUCGCUACGCCGUUCAUCCGUAGUCGCGUCCACAGUCGCUUAGACUCCAUCGUUGCCGGGGAGCCGGGAUGGAGAACUCGCAGAGAGAGUACUGCAUAUGCAAACGAGCUCAACAGGGCAUCUAUGGCCCACCUGGAUGCCAUGCUUCGUCAAAUGCUCGUCUUGGAGAAGAUCCCCAACAUCAACCAAUGGCUAGACGUUCUUCGCCCGAUCGCUCUCCGGAUAGCGAGAGAGACAACCUUCACCACUCUACCCCAUCGACAAGGACAAGAUAUGGACGUUCGCCGAUACGUGAAGAUCAAGAAGAUACCUGGCGGCAUGCCAAAGGAUUCAGAAUAUGUCAAUGGCGUUGUGAUCACCAAGAACGUCGCCCAUAAGAAGAUGGCCAGGUCGGUGUACAGCCCUCGAAUAAUGUUGGUCACUUUCCCCAUCGAAUUCCACCGAGUAGAGGGCCAGUACAUGCACUUUGGCCAGAUGUUGCGGCAGGAGAAGGAGUACUUGCAGAACCUUACCGCUCGUAUGGCCGCCCUUCGCCCUCAUGUCGUGCUCGUCGAGAAGUCUGUUUCCAGAUUGGCCAUAGAUCUAUUUGCCAAGUUCAACAUUGCUGUGGCACGUUCGGUCAAGCCGUCUGCUAUUCAAACUGUCGCUCGUAUGACACAAGGAGACAUAGUUUCUUCGAUGGACAAGUUGGCGCUCGAACCUCGCCUUGGACAUUGCGCUCGCUACCGUAUCCAGACUUUCGACCACCAUCUCAUCCCAGGCCAACGGAAGAGUUACAUGCGGUUCGAAGGCUGUAGCCGGGACAUGGGUUGCACGAUCAUUUUACGGGGAGGGGACCUGGAGACGCUCCGACGCGUCAAAAAGGUCACCCGCUUCUUGACCUUCAUUGUACGCAACCUGAAGCUCGAGACCCACUUGUGGAAGGACAGCGUCAUCAGUAUCGGUCCCGACGCGCUCAAGUUCCCUCAAUUGACCCCCUGCAGCCUCGGAAACAACUCCAUCGAUCGAGUCGGCACCCCUGUCGGCACCCCCUCAUCGCCAGGCAACAGCCUAGCUACUCCCACAGUCGAGUCUAUGGCACGUAUGCCCUCGACUUCAUCAGAAACAAACGGAUCGGAAAAGGAAGGGAGCAUUGUGGAUGCUGUGGAUGAAGAAGAGGAGCAAAAACGGCUCACCCAGCGUAUCGACGAAUCCCUUGAUCCCUACAACAAGAUAUUCAUUUCCGUGUCUGCAACCUUGCGAUUCCCCCCUCCUCAUCCUAUUCGGCGGAUGAAGGAAUUAGACGACGAGUUGUUGGCUGCCAAGCGGGAGUGGGAGGACGAGAUUGUUAGGAAGGAGGAACAGCUGCAAGCUAAGCAACAGAAAGAAGCCGCAGCGACCCCAGCAACUGCUUCCAAUGUCCGCGAGCUGGAACAACAACAGCAGCAAGCUUCGGAGGAGCAGGAGGAUAUCAGUGCUCAGAUUGAAGCAUUGGCCCUACCAACACCACUUUCAACCACACCGCCCACCACCGACGGGUUCUUUGGUCCAACGACUUUCCUGUCUCCAGCUUCGGUGGAUUCCGAAGGUAGCUCCUACUUCUCUAAUAUGCCCAACUCUGCCCCGACGGUUAUGUCCAACUUUUCGUUGACACCAGCUACUCCGGAGCCUGUUCAGAAAGAAACCCUGAAAACUGAAGGCGACAUCCAGCACCAGAGCAAGUACACCUUGAUCAAAUGGAAGCAUGAAGAGCAGCGUCGUGUCUGGGAGUGGUACCUCCGCAAGAACAAGGAUGAUUUCGUCGUGGAGAAGUACCAGUGCAUCAGUCUUCGAGAGUAUAUCGUUCCCAUGACCAGUUCCGAGAACGGUCGGCCGUGCUUCCCUCCGACCAUCCAGUAUAUCACGUUCUAUGGCGAGAACGACCUCACCCUCGGCCAAUUCAUCGAGAAGUCCGUCAACGAUGCAGUCAGCCAGUUCCUCGACCCCAAAGCCAUCUGCCAGGGCAAGAGCUGUGAUCAGCCCGUGGCUCGCCACGGCAAAGUCUACGUCCACAAUGAGACUCGGAUGUUUGUUGCUGUCGAACAGUGGGACGGUCAAAUCAAGGCUCGCACAGGGUACUAUCCUUCCGACCUGAUCAUCACUUGGAGUGUUUGCCAGCAAUGCAAGACCGAGACGCCAUUCAUCCCUGUCUCUGAGGAAAUGCAACGGUAUUCGUUUGCGAAGUUCCUGGAGGCCUACUUCUAUCCGGCAGACGUCAAGCUGGUCCAAGGCGCUGGAUGCCAACAUAACAUCUACCAAUACCACACUCGCUACUUUGCCACCAAGGGCGUCACGGUCCGGUUCCAAACCUCCAAGAUCGACCUGCACGAACUCGUCUUCCCUCCUUUCCGUAUCCGGGUCAGGCCCGAAACCCAGCUGGAUAUCAAGAAUUCCGAGUUCCUGCAACUGCAUGACCGGAAUAACUUGUGGUAUGAUGGUUUAGUUCACGACUUGAAACAAUACGCCAUCGAGGCUGCGACCGGGGACGAGAAGGCGGACACUCAGCUCCUCGUGGACAUCAACGGGCUCAUCAACAAAGCAGAAAUCGAGAGGCGGGAUGUUACUCGGCUGAUCAACACCAUUUACCGCGACUCGCCACCAACAGAUACACUCGUUCUUAAUCAAGUCCAUGCUUAUCGACAGGACAGGAUUGUGGCUUGGCAGCAGGAUUUCGAUCGGUUGCAAAAGCUGCGCCCUGCACAACCAACGCAGUCGGACAGGUCGAGCAAGAGGGUUUCGGCGUUUGGGUCUGUGCGAGGCAUCUGGGGUCGCAAGUACGAACCCGGUGGCCCCUUCUGGGAUGCGCACCAAUAUUCCGGUGCUUCUGAGGCGGAAGAGGGCCCGAUCAAGUCCAAACCGCGCAGGGUCACGGUGGGUUAUAUACCACCAUCCUCCGCGUCGGAGACGUCUGAAACCGAGAGUAUGGAUGAGAAGUCGGCGGCUAAGGCUGAGGAGAGUGUUCCUGACAGUGCAAGCACGAUUGGGGAUAGGUCGACGACGGCACUUUCAGAGACGGACGAUGCUGCUUCGACUACCGCACCUUCGGAAAGCGAUGAAACAGCUCCAGUAACCGAUGCCACACCCUCGGCUGACUCCCCUGCCCCUGUCGAGACGCCUUCAACACAACCUCCUGUCGAAGAGGAGCUGCCAAAGGAUGAUCACGAGCAUUCUGAAGCGGGACACGACUCUGACUCUGACCCUGAUAGUGAUUCGACUAUUGGCGCUGCUCGCGAUGAGGCCACAGGGGCUCUGAAACCUCGAAAGAAGAAGAAAAUCCCAGAUCUCCCCGCUGUGGAAGUACCGGUAUCGACGCUGUCGCGAAUACCUCGAAGGAUGUCAAACCAACCCAGUGUGACUGAAUUGAUCAAGAAAUACUCUGAUUACCUGCCAGCUCAAGGCGUACAGGAGUUGAGCAAGACGGCCUUCCCACCUCGUUCGACUAUGUCAGAGAGUGAGCAAGAGUAUCCAACGAUUCUCCAGCGACGGACUAUGAGAAGCAGGACGAAGAUGGCUCCAGUCAGGAAGCCUUCAAUUUCCGACUUCGAGCAAAGUUACGCGGCCAAUGUUGCCCCACGCUAUCUACAACCCAGACGGCCCUUGAAUCGUGGAGCUGGACCUAGUCGAAACCAAGAAUCAAGGACAUCAUCCCGUCGACAAUCGCCAGAGAAGCGGCGGCCUAAAGAAGGACUCCGCACGCCCGACUCUCCAACGCCCCACAAGCCCCCGGGUGGCAGUCGAUCGUCCAGACUACGAGCCCCCAGUCGCGGUUACACCGACAAGCCUGGAAGCAGAGCACCCUCAGUCGGCCCCUCUACGUCGCGAAUUCCGUCUCGUCGAGGGCAGCCGCCGCCCACUUCAGGUGGCAAAGUGUCAAGCAUGGCGCGUUACUAUGAGCGACUUCAGAAGGAUACAGAGCGACCGAAGGGAAAGUAUGCAGUUUUGCGUGGCAAGCGAGCGAGGCCCGUUGUCAACGCAAGAGCAGAAGUCAAGGUCAUACGACUGGAAGACAUCAUUUCGGACGAGUCGGACGAUUCAGAUCCCAACGACGAAGUUGCAGACGAUGAACGAGACGGAGAUGGUGAUGCUGAAGACGAACUGCCUUUCAAACCUGCCCGGAAGAAGCAGCAGACAGUGGACUCUACUGAAGAGACCCAGCCAGCUCCGGAGAUCCCAAAGGUCGAGACGACAGCGCCUCCUGCCACCGAUGACGCCGCUGCCCCUGACACCACCGAACACGCGACCCAGCCACCGGAAUCGCAGGAGAUCGUCUCCAGUAAACCCGCCUCGCCCUUGUUGCCGCCUACAGAACCCAAACGUGAUGCACCGGUCACCCCUCCAGUUUCCGAUAUGGAGGGGCCAGACAAGAUGCCUUCCUUCCUCAAAGCUGUCUCAACAUUCCUCACCCAGAGCCACAACUUCUUUGAACUUGAUGAUCCGUUUGGCGACCUUGAGCAUAUCUUCCGUGAUUCCGCCAUGGUGGUCAGAUUGGACGAGCCCACGUCCAUCAUUGCCUUGGCUCUCAACUCCCCUCAAUAUCGUGAGAUGCUCGCUAAAUCACGCGCUGAAAAGCGAACUGCGCGAGUGGUAGACGCGAAGCUCAUGGAAGGUUCUGAGAUCUUCAUGCCUGACGAUCACUCCAUCUCGGACUCGACUUCUACAUGGGGUGUUGUCAAUGUCGAUGCAGUAGACUCCAUAGAUCCAACUGAAGAUCUUCGAAUGGCUUCAUCCAAGCUUCCCUGGGCUAUCACAUUCGAGAGUGGUGGUUUGUCUAUCAGCUGCACUAUCCUGUAUCCCGAACAAUUCGAUGCUCUGCGUCGGACCUAUGAUUGCGAGAAGAGCAUGGUGGAAUCUUUAGCCAGGUGUAUCAACUGGAAUGCGAGCGGCGGAAAGUCUGGCUCCGCGUUCUUGAAGACGCAAGACGACCGGUUCAUUGCGAAGGAGCUUUCCCGUGCUGAACUACAAACCAUGGAAACGUUCGCCCCAGCAUACUUUGACUACAUGUCAUCUGCAGUUUCAGCAAACCGUCCUACCCUCCUGGCCAAGGUCUUUGGCUGUUAUAAAUUGACAGCCAAGAAGAUUAGCAAGGAGCGAUCUUCCGGGAAGAAAUCGACUCAGAUGAACUUACUGGUGAUGGAGAACCUCUUCUAUGAUCGUAGAUUUUCACGGAUCUAUGAUUUGAAAGGCUCCACACGAAACCGACAUGUCCAGUCCACAGGCCAGGAAAAUCAGGUGCUGUUAGACGAAAACCUUGUUCAAGAAUCUCAUGUCAACCCUUUCUACCUCCGAGAGCACGCCAAGCGCAUAUUCCGAGGCGCACUGUACAACGACAGCAAGUUCCUGGCUGAUAUCAAUGUUAUGGACUAUUCUCUCGUUUGCGGGGUUGAUAGCAAGAACCACGAGUUGGUCGUUGGCAUUGUUGACUACAUCCGAACGUACACUUGGGAUAAGAAGGUUGAGAGCUGGGUGAAGGAGUCUACCUUCCUUGGAGGUGGAGGCAAAGGAGAACUACCGACGAUCGUCACACCAAAGCAGUAUCGACAACGUUUCCUCGGAGCAAUGGAGCGAUACUUCCCCUUGGUGCCUGACCGCUGGAUGAAGAUUCCAGACCAGCCAGAGGAGGAUUCAUCCGCUGUCCUUUCUGAACUUUGGCCGGACUGGUAG